GUCAUGAAGUUAGAGAAGAAGCGGCAUGUCAGCGCACCUCCGACUAGCUCGAAGCCGUACCUUCCGCUUUGAGCGGCUUCGUCGCUUUUGCAGCAUCAACAUUGACAGCUGGACAAAAUGCUAUUACGACAACGGUUACGCUUCCCUCGGCGAGGUCAGCCUACCAUUCAGCAUGCUCCUCUCCGUCGCAACCUGGUCGCCGCGCCGCGACCAGGCGAAGGCCCGCUCAUGGAACGCCGCCCCGAUCGCGCCCUCCCUCCCAUCUCCGGCUCCUACCGGUGGCUGACGACACUACCCAUCUUCGCCAUCAUCAUGGUUGGCUCGACACUCGCCAUUUUCAACUACCAAAAGCUGAACAGCUCGGUCGUCAGCAGUACGCUGUAUGCGCUGCGCACCAACCCGCGAGCGCGAGAGAUACUUGGCGAUGAGGUCUACUUCAACAGCAAGGUGCCGAUUAUUUGGGGUGAGCUCAAUCAACUACAUGGCCGGAUAGACAUCAACUUCUGGGUGAAGGGUACAAAGGGGAAGGGGCUGAUGCGGUUUAAGAGUGAGAGAAAGACCAGGAUGGGCUAUUUCGAUACAUUGGAGUGGAGUCUUGAGCCAGAGGGCGGCGACAAGGUCUCUCUGUUGCAAGCAGAGGGCGGAGACCCUUUCGUGCAGUCAACCGCGGACAAGAUCGCCGUUACGGCAGGGUAGAACUUGAACACCGUAACGCAGUUUACCGAACAAGAAUCGAUCGAAAAGGGAUGUUUCAGAAGAUUACCGUCGCCUGUCACACAUUCUUGGAGUAACGCGAAGGUUGACGUGUGCGCCCAAGGAUACAGGCACCGCCGGUCUGCCACGCUUAGGCGGCGCAGUAGGAGCGAGCUUCGAGAACGCCGGGCAGCGUUGUCGAGAUCGGCCAGAGUAGCGAGGGGACCGGUCGAUGACUCCAAACCAUACUCGGCGCGGGCGACGGGAAGGAGCUUCGCGCAGGAGCUUCGCACGCUGUGAAGGCUGGGAUGGGAGUGCGCGUUGCGCUUC